AGAAAGGACGUGACGUAGAGGUAGUUGAUGUAAAAUGGCGACCAUCGUAUGUUAGUCAAAACAUAACGGAGGAGCUCAAACAAACAGCAAGAUACAGAGGAAAAUACCGUUUUACCGGACAAAGAUCAACCACUGUGUUAUUUGUUGGGUCUUAACAAGGUUCAGCCAUGGCCGAGGCCGAGGAGGCAACCGUUGGCGUGAGCCCGGAGGGGGUCGUGGGGCUGGAUGAGCCCAAGAAGAUGACCAGGGAGGACUGGAGGAAGAAGAAGGAGCUGGAGGAGCAGAGGAAGCUCGGAAACGCUCCAGCUGAGGUGGACGAGGAGGGGAAGGACAUAAACCCUCACAUCCCACAGUAUAUUUCAUCGGUGCCAUGGUACAUCGACCCAUCCAAAAGGCCCACACUAAAGCAUCAGAGACCACAGGAUGAAAUUGAAGCGCAAUACUCAACCAUUGGAGAGUGGUACAAGAGAGGAGUGCAACAGACUGCUGUCACCACUAAAUUUCGUAAGGGAUCUUGUGAGAACUGUGGUGCCAUGACACACAAGAAGAAGGACUGCUUGGAGCGACCCAGAAAAGUUGGGGCGAAGUACACCGGCACCGGCAUAGCUCCAGAUGAACACAGUCAGGUACAGCUGGACCUGGACUACGAUGGGAAGCGAGAUCGCUGGAACGGGUAUAACCCUGAGGAUCACCAUCGCAUCGUGGAAGAGUACGCCAAAGUAGAUGUGGCCAAAAGGACACUGAAGGCCCAGAAGCUUCAGGAUGAGUUGGCCUCUGGAAAACUGGACCAAAGUGAGCGGGAACACGACAGUGAGGAUGAGGAUGAAGAUAAAUAUGCAGAUGACAUCGACAUGCCCGGUCAGAACUUUGACUCCAAGAGACGAAUCACUGUUAGGAAUCUGCGUAUCAGAGAAGACACGGCUAAGUAUUUGAGGAAUAUGGAUCCAAAUUCAGCCUAUUAUGAUCCAAAGACUCGAGCUAUGAGGGAGAACCCGUACUCCAACACUGGCAUGAACCCCGACGAGGUGGGAUAUGCUGGAGACAAUUUUGCUCGCUAUAGUGGGGCCACCAUCACCAUGGCUCAAACACAAUUGUUUGCCUGGGAGGCCUACGAGAGAGGCUCUGAGGUGCAUCUGCAGGCCGACCCCACUAAGCUGGAGCUGCUCCACCGGUCCUUCAAGGUCAAGAAGGAGGACUUUAAGGAGAAACAGAGGGAUGGUAUUCUAGAGAAGUAUGGAGGUGAAGAGCACUUGGAUGCACCGCCGCGGGAGCUUCUCUUGGCCCAGACCGAAGACUACGUGGAGUACUCUCGUCACGGCGCUGUACUGAAAGGGCUUGAGAAGGCCGUGGCUCGCUCCAAGUAUGAGGAGGACGUGCUCAUCAACAACCACACUUGUAUUUGGGGCUCCUUCUGGAACGAUGGCUUCUGGGGAUUCAAGUGUUGCCACUCCAUGGUCAAACAGAGUUACUGCACAGGAGAUACUGGAAUUGAAAUAAACAACACGGACUGUGUCCCAUUCGAAGAGGGACUGGUGGAGCUGCAGGAGGAGGAGGAAGAAGAAGAAGAGCCCAAGACUCUGCUGGAAAUGCAUCGAGAUAAGAUGAUGAAAGAAAAGAAGAAGAAAAAGAAGAAGAAGAACAAGAAACACAGUUCUGACGGCAACGAUUCAGAGGACGAAGAGAAGAAGAAGGAGAAGCUGAAGAAGGCACUUGAAGCAGAGGACAAGCGGGUGAAGCACGUAGAAGCAAUAAUGCUGUUGGAGGAGAGGAAGAGGCCGUACACCAGCUUGCAGGAAGUAAAGGCGCCCACUGAGGAGGAGAUGGAGGCCUUCCGCAUGAAACGCUGCCGUGAGGAUGAUCCCAUGGCUUCCUUCCUCGGACAGUGACCUGCUGACUCCGCUCAACUCUCCCCAAGGACUCUUACCAGAGCUGCUGCUCGGUGAAAAAAAAUCAGACUCAAAAAAUUCAACUUUCAUCUUGUAGACUUACAGCAGGAGCCUUCUGUUUGGUUACAAAUGUUUGUUAAUGGUGUUUUGUUCAUUUCAUUUUUAAAUACUUUUUGUUUUGGAUGCCGCAGGUUGACAGACCAUAGGACAAUAUUGAUAAAUGCUUUUGUUCCAUGUGUAAUAAUUGCAGUUUUCUUAGAUUUGGGAGCCUCAACAGUAAUUUGAGGAACGUAACUACUAUUAGUAGGAUUAAUGCAUCAUUUUAUAAUAAAAUAUAUGUUUGCCUAAAUACUUUGUCUUGUGUAAAAAGUUAAAGUUUUUAUUGUAUGCACAUCAUUGUCAAUGUUAUAUUAGCCAUAUGAAAUAUUGAUCCUCUUUUCAGAGGUUAGUAAUGUAUGUUUCUUACAGAUUCUAAUGAUUGCUCUCUUGACUUACAAGGAGUACAGCUUGUUGGCUGCAGUUGAUUGAUGUGUGAAUUCUGUGCUUUUUACAUUUCUACAUAAAAAGCAUUGGAAUUGCAUUGGA